GCGCGUCGAAGCGUGUCAGUUUGGUAAGCAAAGCGCGAGUUUCGGUGACAACUACACCAGCCCCACAAAGUCUGUGAUGAUGUAGCAUGCUGUCUUCCCAUCCCAAUAGAGCACAUCUGGGAACCUGUCCUAAUUAUUCACCGCAGUCCACAAUAGCGAUGCUUAUGCAGCAGUAAAAGACCACGCCUUUCGAAAACCCCUGUGUCAACCCAGCGCACCCGUCAAUAUUCACAAUGACGGAGAAUGUAGAUGGUGUGUUCGUCGACGAUAAUGACAUCGAUCGGACCUUUCGCCAACGGCCUGGCUCCUCGAAAUCAAAUGCGAAAGUGCCGCUUCUUGUCCAUAGCAAGCCAGGCAAGAGUGGCGCAAGCUCGCCUGGGCUCGAUAGCGACGACGAGAACGCUCGACUCCUAAAUCCCACACCGAUCGAUUACCAGACUACAAACAACGAUGCGAACAAGGACGAUGAGCCAGAGUGGUUUCGUGAAUUCCGAGGUCUUCCCUGGUGGAAGCGACCCUCGAUCUACUGGCUCUUGCCGCCCUUCCUUCUGUUUACCGUAGCUUUUGGAGGCGUUGUGGUGCCUAAACUCAACCUGAUAAUGGAUCUCGUGUGCGAGGAGUACUAUGCUUCUCUUGACGGCAACGGCGAUCCUAUCUCAAGCCCCAUGGACCCCGGCACAGACCGAUGCCGAAACGACGCCGUAUCCUCUCGAUCCUCGUUGUUUCUCCUUUACGGUAGUCUCUGCUCCGGAAUACUGGCCGCUAUUACAAGUCCGCAGCUUGGUGCAUUAUCAGACCGGUUCGGUCGAAAGACUUUCAUGGUCGUUAACACGUCUGGUGCACUUUUCGGAGAGAUCCUCACCAUCUUAGCCGCUAAGUUCCCCCAGACUGUGCACGUAAACUGGAUCUUAGUCGGCUACGCGUUAGAAGGCCUAUCCGGCUCAUUCAUUGUGGGCAUGGCUCUAGCACAUUCCUAUGCAAGUGACUGUGUGGCACCACAGAAACGAAACGUCGCUUUCGCCUACUUCCACGCCGCUUUGUUCGGCGGCAUUGCACUUGGGCCUGUUGCGGCAGGUUACAUUAUCGAGGCCCGCUCGAAGUACACGAGCAAGAUCGACGCUGUAGUCUUCAUCUUCUAUCUGGCGCUUGCGGCUCAUGGCCUCUUCAUCAUGUUCCUUCUCUUCUGUAUUCCGGAGUCGUUGAGCAAGUCACGUCAGGAAGCUGCACGAGAGAAGCAUAGAGAGGAGAUGGAGCGACUGGGCCCAGAGUCAGACUGGAUCAACCAGCUGCGACACAUCAACCUGUUCCGCCCACUGAAGAUCCUCUGGCCCACCGGCCCUGGCUCAUCUUCUGUCGUUCGAUGGAAUCUGAUCCUCCUUGCUGCCACAGACACCAUCAUGUUUGGCAUUGCCAUGGGUGCCAUGGGCGUGGUAAUUGUCUACACUCGCCUUCAGUUCGACUGGCAAACACUCGAGUCCGGACGCUUCGUCAGCAUAGUCAACGCUUGUCGUGUGUUCGCUCUUCUUGGCGUCCUCCCUCUCCUUACCCGCUUGGUGCGAGGCAAGAACGGCGCUAUGAAGCAACGCAGCACAGGCACUGAUCGAUUUGAUCUGUCAAUCAUUCGCGCUGCUAUAUUCUUCGAUACUUUGGGUUUCAUCGGCUACGCGCUGGCACCCAGUGGAACCCUCUUCACACUUUCCGGCGUUGUUACCGCAGUCGGAGGUAUUGGAUCGCCAGCACUUGGGGCAGCACUGACAAAGCAUGUUCCGAGUGACAAAGUCGGGCAGCUGCUCGGUGCGACAGGACUGCUACAUGCCAUCGCUAGAGUCGUUGGACCUACUAUCUUCAACGGUAUCUACAGUGCGACUGUCUCAGGCUAUCGACAGACUGUGUUUGUAGUCCUGGCCUCAAUGUUCGGCUUGGCAUUCUUGUGCAGCUGGUUCGUACGACCUCAUGUCCACCUUGAAGAGAACUCCGAGCCCACAUCGGGAGAUCUCCCUGCGGACGCAUAGUAUGCUGACCUUCUUCUUCAGCCCGGAGGUAGACAUUUCUCGAAGAGCACUUGGUGUCUGGGAGAAUACUUGGAAUAUUUUACACAUAUGGCAUCCUCUGAGAUAAAGGUAGUGCGUAACGCAGUACAAUAUAUAGUUUGAAUAACAGUGUACGUGAACUUGUAUAAAUAAGUACACACAAAUACGUAAUAUCCUUAGAGUCAAAAAAACACAGCUAUCUUGCCAUCGUGUUGGGUGGAACACACCAGCAAAAAGAUCGACACCUGUGUGAUUCGAACACACGCUCCCGAAGGAAAUGCCUGACUAUGGAUAGCAGGGCAUCGCGUUAACCACUCCG